UACUCCCUCUAUAAACUAAUAUAAUAUUUUUUAGAUCACUACUUAGUAUAUAUUGCAUGGCCAUUUGACCAUAUAUGGAACAGAAUACUCAUGGCCCUAUCACCGGAAGGUGUCAUAUUCCUUUCUAUUGCAACAAAUCUGCGGAGUAAAACGUAUAGAUACAGGUGGAUAGGGGAUGCGAGAUCAGGAUAAAAAAUGUGCAAAGGUGCCCAUGGCCAUUUUUCUUGCUUUUCUCUGUCGUAGCCUGUACUCCUGUGUUGGUGUGCCUUUUGCAGCCGACCACGCGCAUCUGGUAGAAAUUUAGGGCAGCCCUUAGCGGUCCUCCUAGAUGCCGUCACUGUCGAGGUCAAGAUAGUUGGCGGUAACUCUCUGCAGGGCGAGUCCGGCGGCGACCGCGGUCAACAAAGGCUCUGUAGACGGGGCUGAAGCAAGUUGGAGAUGGAGGUGAUUGACUUGAGAUCGUUCAGGGUGCAGCUGCAGCCGUGCGGGCUCGUCCUCACCAGCAUCCGCGACAGGUUCUCCAAGGACAGCGACGACAGGUUCAUCACCGUGCACCACCGCCGCACCAAUCACGGCUCUGCACCCCGACUAUUUCUCCUCCUCAUCGCUGCUGCCGCCCCGCCCGAAGCACACGAAGAGGACCCCGCCCCUCCAAGUUGUCGCUGUCAACCAAGGCCCGCCCUACACAGCGUCGGCUUCAAGGCCGAAAAGAAUCCCUGUCAGAGACAAUCUCCGCGUUGCUACCGGAGUAUCCUCCCAGGCCGGAAAGAAAGGCAUCUCCGGGUUCCAACGGUUGGUAUGAUUUCCAUGAACCGACCAGAGCCAAUCCCGAGAGCGACGCGGGGAGCUACCUUCUCUGGAAUGGAGACUGGGAAGGGAGAGGAGGAGCAGAGCACCACGGUCGCUGCCUCACCGACACACGCAUUAUUAAACCCAUUCAUCGUCGCGCAAACGGCGCUCGCUCGCGCGUGCCACGUUGGCAAAGGUACUGUUUCAUGCGUAGACAAAAGAGGCUUCUGCUUGUUCGCUCGGGGUUGGAGAGGAAAAUAUCUUCUCUCGUUUCCUUCCCUACGCACGCGACCCCUGUCUCUCUCUUUCCUUUCCUCUCCUCCAACCCCCGUCCCUUUCCUGCUGCUCCGCCGCCGGCUCUUUCUCCGCCAAGUCCACCGCGCGCCGCCCGUACCCAUGCCCUCCUCACCUCCCGUCCCGAGCUCCAUCUCCCCCAGCCUCGUAUACCCCGAUCUUCUCGAUUUGGAUCUCAGGAGCACACAGGAGGGGAGGCGAGGUGCCUGCGCCGGCGGCAAGGGUGCGUGGGUGCGGCUGAUGUCCACGUCCGCGGCCUCGCAGGCCAAGGACGCGGCGGCCAAGGCGGCCAAGGGCGACAGGGAGAAGAAGGAGGUGGCGAUUACGUCAAGGACGCUCUUCGCUUGCUCUGCUCUGCUCUGGUUUUCCCGUUUCGAUUACGUCACCGGCGAGGGGUCGCCAGAUCGUAGUCAGCCAUGGAAGAUGUUCGAGUGGCAGGGUGGCCCCAUCAUCCUCGCCCAGGUGGAGACGGGUACAUGGAGUAGGCGAUGGGCGGCGGCGCCGAGCCGUACACCAACUGGGCCACCAAGAUGGUCGUCGCCACUGACACCAGCGUGCCGUGGGUGAUGUGAAAGCAUGAAGAUGCCCCCGACGCCGCGGACAUCACAUCACCGAAUCAAGCUGCCAACUUUGGAGCCUGAUUCGUGAUGGCUGCAAAAAAAUACCUGCAAUGGCUUCUACUGCAACUCCUUCGGCCCCAACUCCAACAGCAAGCCUACCAUGUGGACCGAGGCCUGGCCUGGAUGGUUCACGGCAUUUGGUGUCGCGGUGCCGCACCGGCUGGUGGAGGACAUGUCGUUCGUGGUGGUAAGGUUCAUUCAGAAGUGCGGUUCCUUCGUCAACUACUACAUGUACCAUGGACCGGACCGCCGAUGGCAUGUUCAUCGCGGCAAGCUACGACCAUGAUGCACCGAUUGACGAAUAUGGUACGCGAUCAGUACUCUGAUUGUCUGUAACCAUUGUUGUCAUGGUGCGCAGGUCUGCUUAGGCAGCUGAACUGGGGACACCAGAGGAACCUGCACAAGGCCAUCUAGCAGGCCGAGCGGGUUCUCGUCUCCGGCGAUCCCUCCAAUCCUCCAUCCGGCGCAUCGGGAACUAUGAGAAGAGGAGGCCCUGGCUCGGACAACCGCCGCAGGGUCGGGUGCGCCGGUGAGGUCCCUGGGGUCGGCGCGGCGGGCGUGACCUCUCCCGGCUCCCCGCCCUCGUCCGCGACAACAAGGACCAAGAUGUAUUUACGGUGUUGUCUGGUGUGUCGUCAGGUUUGGUUGGUCGAGGCCGGGUAUGAGUAGCUCCUGAUGCUGAUGGAUGGAUGGAGAUAUCAGGGUCAUGUCGCUGGGUGGGCAAAGACCGGGGGUACAACCUCCUUUUCGGUAAAAAAAUGAGGGGUGAUGAUGAUGACUCUGGCUGACAUAAGCAUGUCUUGAGCAAUCAAGACUGCUGUAGCCUGUGGGUACUAAAUUAGAGCCCACCCUUACCUCUCUGGCAGCCUGUUCAAUUCAUUGGUGAUGUUGGAUGUUCUGCACCUCGGAUGGUCAUUCUGACGAGUGAUAACCAGGGCAGUUCGUCUACAUUGCGAUGGUUAUGUUAUGCAGCAAGAGAUCUGAGUGUUGGGCUUGAAGAUCAAAGACAAAACCGAGCCCUCUUUUGCUAUGCUACAAAUACACAAAUUUUCCUUAUUUAUUAUACAGUGUUCUUCUUUCUUUUCUA